GAGUUGAUUGAUUACGCUGUUUGAAUGCAGCUCCACGGAACCUUAUCAGUGGCAACUUUUUAGUAAUGUUUCGUAACUCAUUAUCUCAUCAACCUCAUACAAUUUCCAGUGAAAUCACUACAUUCCUCGACCGGGUUAAUCAUUCCAUCGGGGCUAUAUAAGUGGUCCUGCUAAACUCUUGCUAUCUAGUAGAAGUUCAUAAUGGCCUUUGCUGGAAAAUAUCAGCUGGAGUCUCGGGAGAGCUUUGAGCCUUUCAUGAAGGCUAUUGGUCUGCCUGAUCUACAGACUCAGAAUCGCAGAGACAUCAAGAGCGUCUCUGAAGUAGAGCAGAAUGGAGAUGACUUCAAGGUGACCGUUACCACUGGUACAAAGGUCAUGGUGAACACCUUCACGAUUGGGCAGGAAUGUGAGCUGGACACCCCGACUGGAGAGAAAGUCAAGACUGUUGUGCACUUGAAUGGGAACAAGCUGACCGUUUCAUUGAACGGCAUUGAGUCUGUCACUGAGGUGUCUGGAGAUUACAUUUUGAAUACGAUGACUUUGGGCGACAUUGUAUACAAGAGAGUCAGCAAGCGCAUCUCAUAAUUGUGUUUUUGAGGAAAAUAAAAAGAAGAAAAUCAGUGUGAGCAUUGUCAUUACUUACUGCUUGCACUUCCUAA